ACCGAUUCGCCACGAACUGCCACAAAGGCUCCAGAAUGAGAACAGAGUUUCGUCUAGCGCUGGUUUCGGGCCUCCUCCUGGCCACCUCCUACGUCUCCCUCACAAAUAACAAUUUGCGCUCCGACUCUCUGCCGGCCCAGGGGGCCAGUAGUACGGAGCACAGACAGCUGUUUUCGGCAUCCACAAACUCUCUUAGCGGGAUUUCGGCCCAGCAAAACAAACAGGGCAUCUAUCUACUGAGCGAUGCCGAGGUCAGCAGAAGGCUGAGACAAUACGAAGAGUCGUACCUGGUCAACCGCGGAAAGGGCGUGAUUCGGUACGAUAUCUGUCAAUUGCCUAGCAACAACCCAAUUGAAGACGACCGCAGCGAGAAGCUCGUCCAAGUUCCAGUCCAGGACAGGGAAAACAACAAUGCGCGUGUCGAGACAGAUUGGCACUUCUGGUCCAUUUUCGAUGGCCACGCCGGUUGGAACACGUCUGCCAAGCUUCGUGACAGCCUUCUAGACUACGUGGUCAACGAGCUGGACCAGGCUUACAAAAUCAGCGACAAGAACCUCAGGCUGAUCCCGUCGAGCGAAACAAUAGACCGCGCGAUCAAGCAGGGCUUUCUCAAGCUGGACGAUGAGAUCGUCAACAAAAACGUGCAGAAACUGCUUGAAAACCCGUCCAACAAGGCCGGGGCAGCCGAGCUGCUGAUGCCUGCUCUCUCUGGCUCCUGUGCCCUGAUGUCGUUCUACGAUACCCAUUCGCGCAGCCUCAAGGUGGCUGUCACUGGCGAUUCGCGAGCUCUUUUGGGGUCUCUGGACGAUCACGAAAACAAGUGGACUGUACGGGCCCUCUCGACAGACCAGACAGGUUCUAACCCAACAGAAGUGGCCAAGCUGCUCAGCGAGCACCCAAACGAACCCAACGUGGUGAGAAACGGCCGUGUCUUGGGAUCUUUGGAGCCAACCAGGGCAUUCGGCGACGCCAGAUACAAAUGGGCCAAGGACAUCCAGACUAGGGUGGCCAAUCAGUUCUUUGGCAGACAGCUGCCCGCCAACCUCAAGACACCUCCGUAUGUGACUGCCGAGCCGGUUAUAACGACACACGAGGUUUCGCCGGCCAAGCACGAUUUUCUGGUGAUGGCUUCCGAUGGAUUGUACGAAAUGCUGACCAACGAGGAAAUCGUGGGACUGGUAGUGCGGUGGAUGGAGAAAAAGAAGAUGGUGAGACCCAAGAAGUCGUUGAUGGAUACGUUGUGGCCGAGCUCGAAAGAUAAGCUGCCUCUGGUGGAAGACGUAACCGACCAGAGCUCGAAGAGCAAGCAGAGAGUACAAACAAGACGAAAGUCGAACGAGGUCGGAUUUCUACUGGAAGAUGAAAAUGUGGCCACACAUCUGAUUAGAAACGCAUUAAGUAACGGGGGUUCGAAAGAGGAGGUGAACAUGCUGGUUAGCAUUCCUUCUCCAUUGAGCAGGCGCUACAGAGACGACCUGACUGUGAGCGUGGUUUUCUUUGGAGAAGGAGACAAGCACGAGAAGUAUUCGUCGAACAGUGCUUUGGAGAUCAACCAGGAGGCCACCAAGGGCGGAUUGACGAUGAAGGCGAAGUUGUGAUAAAGAUCAGCAAGCGCAGUUGCCGGCCCCUCCGGACUCGUCGACAGGGGCGUUGAGGUCUAUUCUUCCGACCGAAGAGGGCUCGUCCUGGGGUUUUGACGUCUCUUCCGGAAUCUGUUUUCCAAUUGCUGUGAACACCUCGUUGACGUUGAAAGCGGUCUUGGCACUGGUCUCAAAAAACAGCAAUCCUUCCUCGUCGGCCAGAGCUUUGCCCUCUUCGACAGAGACGCUUCUGCGGCCCUCGAUCUCCUCGCCCGUCUCUGGGUCCACCACCAGGUCGUACUUGUUGCCGACCAGAGCAAUCACGAUAUUCUUUGAGGCCUGUUCGUGCAACUCUUUAACCCAAUGCCUGGCUUUGAUGAAGCUUGCUGGCUUUGUAACAUCGUACACAACCAGUGCUGCUUGCGCGUUUCUGUAGUAUAGCGGGGCCAGAUUGGCAAAUCUCUCCUGGCCAGCGGUAUCCCAUAUCUCGAACUUGAUGGUCUUUGUUCCAAUAGUGCACCGCUGGGUGAGGAACGCAGCGCCGAUGGUGGGCUCUUUGUUUUCCUGGAAGUCGUUCGACACGAAUCGCAGCACCAGCGAGGACUUUCCGACGGCUGCCUCGCCUAGCAGCACAAGUUUAACAGACGUUUGUUUGGACAUGAGAAAAUAAAUUAUAGUAUAAA